AACGGCUCCGUGCGGGGGCUGCCGGGCGAGCCCGGCCCCGCCGCCCCCCCCCUCCGCCCGCACCAAGCGGAGCCGGCGCGGGGAGCGCGGCCGCGGCACCGUGCGCGCCGAGAGCGAAGAGAUGCUGAUGAUGCUGACCUACUCCAUGGUGCCGGUCCGAGUGAUGGUGGAUUUAUGUAACAGCACAAAAGGCAUAUGCUUAACAGGCCCUCCAGGUCCCCCAGGGCCUCCUGGACUUGAUGGACUGCCUGGCUACAAUGGAUCAGAUGGAGUCCCAGGCAUACCAGGACAAAAGGGAGAACCAGGACUAAAUGGAAAAAGAGGAAAAAUAGGUCUGCCAGGACCAAAAGGUGAUCAAGGACAGAAAGGAGAACCUGGAGAAAUGGGUUUACCUGGCAAGGAUGGUAUGCCAGGAGUAAAAGGUGCAAGAGGAGCCAAGGGAGAAAAGGGGGAUGCAAGCAAUGAUGUGAUAUUAGAAGGUGCAAAAGGUGAACCUGGACCACCAGGGCCCCCUGGACCACCUGGACCCCCAGGGCCUCCAGGUAAACGUAAAGGUAAAGCUAAAGCAGAGCUUCAGGAGAACACAUGCAGCAGCACAUGCACAGGUGAGACAUGUGAUGUACCAAAUGAUGACACCCUGGCUGGAAAAGCUGAAGACAGAACCCCUGGUCCUUCAAAAAAACCUGAAUGCGUCAUAACAUCUGUGGGAAGUCCUGUUCACUUUGUCAGUGUUCAGCAAACAUUCGGAACUUGGAUGCGGGAGCCUGCAAAUAUAAGUGAUGAAAGGAUUUGGCUUACCAUGCAUUUCUUAGGAAACUCUAUAAAAGAAUAUGAGAAUUCCAAUGCCUUGCUGAAUGACAGCUACAGGAUCAUUAACAUCACGGGAUUCUUUUAUGGAUGUGGUCAUGCAGUACAAAACAAUCAUCUGUACUAUCAGAAGGGAGGAACUAAUGUCAUUCUGAAAUUUGGGCUCGACAGAGCAUCGCUGGGCACUCUGCUCAUUGAAAAUGCCCUACACCAUGGGCGCAACUACCUCUUCUCUAACUCCAAGACGUAUUUCAACAUAGCAGUGGAUGAGAAGGGGCUCUGGAUUAUCUAUGCCUCGAGCACUGAUGAAAACAUAAUGGUAGCACAUAUUGAUGAAGAAACGUUUUCAGUCAUUCAGCACAUCAACACCACAUAUCCAAAGUCCAAGGCUGGUAAUGCAUUCAUAGCAUGUGGCAUUAUUUAUGUUACUGACACUAAGGACAUGACAGUAAGUUUUGCUUUUGAUUUACUGAAAGGGAAGCAGGUUGAUGCAAGGUUUGAUUUACGGUCUUCACAGUCUGUUCUUGCUAUGCUUUCGUACAGCCUACGAGACAAGAACUUGUACACGUGGGAGAACGGGAGCUUAAUGGUGUACCCUGUACAUUUUGGUAGAUGAAAAUAUUUUAACAUGCCAUGUAUGGGAGCCAUGCUUGUCUAAAUAAUCUAUUUAAAGCUCUGUGACAUACACAUAUGGGUCUCUUCACUUGGCAUCAUUUUCUGUUUACUGAUGGUGGUUUGUGAGUGUGUCUAAAAGCAAGAUCAGGUGCCUUUGUAUAAACACACUUCAGUUACACAGGCCAUCCUCAUCUUUUUAAAAAAUAGCUGUUCACUAUUGCAGCUGGCAAACAGUUAGCACAGACUUGCUUUUGUUUCUCCCCUGUUAUUCAGCUGAUAAUUGUAUCUAAUGUUCAUCGAUUAUUCCACGGUCAUGUGCUCAGCAGAGACUAUUUAUAACUUUCAGUUGCGAUCAUCUUCUCUGCAAUCAUUUUCUAGUCAGUGAUUAUGGUCUAGUAUAAAUAUCUAAAUAAUGAACUUUUGUGUACAAAUACCUUUGUCACUUUCAUUUAAUUUCCACGGAUUCUCAGCAAAGAUUUUUUUCUGAACAGAGGUUUACAGCUGUUACAAAUAAGGGGGAUGGAAAGAGUUAUUUAAAUAGAAAAAAAGCUGAAAGCUUCCCCUUUGACGAGCUCAAUCAACUGUUAGUAAUCAAAAGCAAAAUCCAGCCAAAGUACAAGGAAAAUAGGAAUAAUGACAUGAAGUACUGAAUAUACAUUUUGUUUCAUAAAUGAAGAAUUGGAAGAAAAGUACCAAGGUUUAAAAUUGAAGAGAAGAUGUAACAUUUAUGAUUAAAAUUUCAUUUUUAACAGUGUUUGCAUUUUGAGUGUUGCUGCAGACUCUUCCUUGCCCCUCACUGUCAUGUGAACUACACCAUUAUAACUUGUUUAUAAUUGUAUUUAAUAGGGCAUAUUUCUAAAAUAAAAUGUCCCCACAUUCAUCCAUACAAAUGAAAUCAUAAAAUGAAGGGUAUAUGUUUUUGCUGCUAUUCUUAGAAAAAUAAAGUAGCUUAAGCAGGAAUACAUGUA